AUGGAGCAAGGGGGCGCGAGUGUGCAAGACUUCCAACACAAGGCAGAAUGGAAGCAGCAAGUAUGGAGUAGGUGGAUGGAGCCCACUGUUAUCAUCGUCAUCCUGAUCACGGCCAUGUACUCUACGAGGCGGAAGAACUACUCUGUCUUCAAUGGAGACCGACCCGAAAGCGACAGAGCGCUUCUCAGCCCCGGUUCGCAACGCUCUUCUCGCGAGUGGGAGCGAUCCUCUAGCCCAGCUGCCGGCUUGGAGCACCGACCGAAGAGGCGGCGUGUCUUCGGAAUUUGGACCGUUCAGACUCCCAACUCGAGCCGCUUUGCUGGAAACUUCCAUUCUCGAAUUCUGCAGAAGCUUCCGUUCCUUCUCGAGAUGUUCUACUGGGUGAUUGCAGUCAUCGUGUACCGCUUGGUGAUAUGGGUGACCGGUCGAUGGUUCGGCGGUAGCCAGGGUCUUUGGGAUAUCGCGCAAAGCCAUGGAAUGUCCAUCUUGGAUUUCGAGUCGAAAAUCUCGGGUAUGGGCAGUGUGACCGACAACACGAGAUGGGUCGAAUGGAGAAUCCAGCAAUGGUUCCUGGCUGGUGUCGAGGCCGGGAAUUGGCGCGGCACCAUGCUCACCGUCCUCAACCGCGUCUACGCCCUCAUUCACAUUCCCGGUUCAGCCGCCUUCAUCGCCUACUACUACGCAACUUCUCCGACGCAACGCCGUUUCUGCAUAGCGAGACGCUCAAUGUCUCUGUCCAACUUCGUUGCCUUCUUCGUUUUCACGAUAUAUCCAUGCAUGCCCCCGAGGCUUCUGCCCCACGAAUACGGCUUUGUCGACACGGUCGAGGCUGAGGAUGCGGCCAGCGUCUGGAUGAAGGGCGAUUUCGUCAACGCCCUCGCAGCGAUGCCCAGCAUGCACUUCGGCUAUGCAUUCGCUAUCGGUAGCGUGUUUGUUUACGAGAGUGGUUUCCUCCGACAGCUUCACCUGCUACAGACUGACGAGGAUGACGUCGAAGCGCGGGAGCUCCUCAAGGAGAAGGAGGAGAGCGGCGACGCCCCGCGUUCUCCCCACGCGCGCAUAAUUUUGCUGUGCGUUGGCUUUGCAUAUCCCGCCUUAAUUUUGCUGGCCAUCAUUGCCACAGCCAACCAUUAUCUCCUGGAUGCCUUGGCUGGGGCAUUGGUCGUGAUAUUCUCCUUUUUCUGCAACAGGUUCUUACUGAACUGCUUGGUGCUCGAGGAUUGGCUGCUCUGGGCGUUGCGUCUUGAAAAGCCAGUGCCCACAACCGGUGUACGCCAGCACAGCAGGAAGGCGACUCGGUGA